UGAUGACACAGCUUGAACAAGAACUGUGACCGUGUUCGAAUAAUUUCCCGCCUAACGACCUUCUUUUGCUCUCUAUGUCUCCCAAAAAUGAAGAACAGGACAACUAUGUCGACGCUGAAGACCAAUAUUAUGAUGAUGAGGACGAGGACGAGGACGAUGACUCCGAUUCCUUCAAGAUUGUUGAUCCCCAUCCUGAACCCACGACAGAGUUAUUCACCACCGAAAAGUUGCACAAGUAUAUUCAUGAAGGCAUGGUGGAUCUGAAUCCAACCUGGCAGCGAGACGUCGUAUGGUCGGAAUCAAAACAGAGCCUACUGAUAGACUCUAUCUUCCGAAAUUUCUACAUACCACCUGUGGUUUUUGCUGUUACGCUGGAUGACGAAGGGGAGGAAGUGCGAGUUUGCGUGGACGGCAAGCAACGUUUGACAUCAAUACAAAAGUUUAUUGACGGCCAAAUACCAUGUAGGGACCCUAGGUCAAGGAAGAAUUGGUGGUACACAACAUCGCAAUCGACGAAGAGUACGCGCGCAGAGUUGCCCGAAGAAUACAAGGAACUUUUUGCAAAAAAAGUGAUGCCAUGCGUUCUUUAUACCGCUCUGACUGAAAGCGCUGUCAGGGAUAUAUUUCAGAGAGUACAACUGGGUGUAGCGUUAACGCCAGCUGAACGGUUACAAGCGAUCUCCACACCGUAUUCUGAAUGGGUCGGGGAUCUUGUUCAAAAGUUCCUUCGUGUCGAUGGUGGCAUAUCCGACUUCAUAGUCUGGGACACGAAACGCAGCCGCGAUUUUGCCAACCUUGGCUACGCCAUGUUUUGCUGCGAUGUCAUUCAGACACGUCCCAUGCUAACCGCUGCAAAGCUUGAAAUCUGGCUCAACCGCCAAGAUCCCCCGCGCGAACAGCUGAAAAAAGAAAUGCAGAUUUUGCUCAAGGAUUUGUGUCAGAUAGUUUCAGAUAAGAGGUACAAUAGUGCCUUCAGCAAGGUGUCCGAGCGAGUAGCUCCGGUUGAAUUCGUCUUUAUAUGCGUUCUGGUGUAUGUCAUGGCCUCUGAUCCUUUGGAUAAAAAGGCGAAGGCUAUAUACAACCUCCGCUCCGCCGUUCGUUCUUCAUUUGGUGACAUACGGAUGCGCAAUGACACGUGUACAUAUUUGUGGGAUGCCGUUUAUGCAUUGAAGCGCAAUCCUGCCGCGGUACCGCAACCGUAUAUGGGAUCUCCCAAGAAGUCGAGAAAGAGAAAGUCUGAAGCUAUUGGUGGCGAUGACGACGAUUUUCGCCCUGACGGAUAUGGAGUUAGAAAUCUCCCUAAAGCUGUCAAGACGCGGUCUGGUAAACGGUAGCUUGUUCUUAUCAUGUAGAAUUUCUUUACUUUUGAUACCGUCAGCGGACAUCCUGCAAUUGCUGUAUAACACUAUUACUUGUAUUUUCUAGUUUCCUAGUUUUCUCGACUCUAGUACAACCCUAGUACGAAUUAUACCUUCUUUGACAUGGCGCUAGUCUGUAAGAAAG